AUGUCUUAUGCCCAUCUGAUCCAGGUAGAGGUGCAGGAGCGCUCAGGUGGCGCUGCAAGCCACCCCACCAGGGCCUUCACGGCUGUCUUUGUGACCCACACGCGCAUUGCCGUUCCCUACACCGGGGGCGCCAGUAACGAUGGCAGCGCCCGCAGCCGCCGGGCCGCCUCCAACGCCAGCGGUGCCGCGGGCUGGCGGCACCGCCAGCGGCAACGCAAACAUCGCGGCACCAGCAGCAGCAGCAGCCCCCCCAGCAGCGGCCUUGGCAGCUACAGCUUCAACCUGCCUGAUGGUCUGGGCGAGAACCUGCGGCGGCUGCGGGGGGCGCCCAACCAGGGCCAGCAGGGGCAGCAAGGCGGCGGGCAGGCGGGGCAGGCCGGAGCAGCAGACGACCCGCAGCAGCCCAGCGUGUGGAGCGACUGGCAAGCCGACGCCACCAGCGCGGAUUGGGAGGACUGGGAAGGGCUGAAUGUGGCAGACCUGGAUGACCUAGGCGAGGUGGCGGAGCUGCGGGAGGCGGUCAUCGAGCGGCGGCGGCUGCGGGGCGGGCGGCGCAGGAACGUGCGCGACGAGUACAUACGACCCAUCGUGGACGCGCAGGGCAUUGUCAACCGGCUGGCUGUGGAUGAGGCAGAGGUGGAGGAGCGCGUGUUUGUGGAGGCCAUCACCAACCAGUACGAGUCUCGGGAGGCGGUCAAGUAUGCGGGCACCCUCGUCGCCGUGCCGCUGCUGGUCGGCUUCCUGGUGUCGCGCGCGGUGGCGCAGCCGGUGUGGAGCUAUGCCGAGGGGCUGGACCCCCGCGCCUUUGCCCCCUCAGACAUACAGAAGGUGGAGGGGGCACACGAGCUUCACGUGGAGGAGCUGCGGCUGCGCAUGGAGGCCAGCCUUGGGCAGGCGCCGCCGCUGAGCGACCCUCAGAUCCACGAGCACCUGCACCACUCGGCGAUCAGGCUGGACAAAGAGUUUAGGGAGGACAACAAGAGGGCCAUGCUCAACGUGGUGUCGGACACCACCUCUGCCACCGUGUUCUUCGUCAUGCUGGCCCGCCAGGUGCCGCAGCGCCAGAUCCUGUUCCGCACCAUCGGCCGCGUGUUCACCGGCCUGUCGGACACGGCCAAGGCCUUCCUCAUCAUCCUCACCACUGACAUCCUGCUUGGCUACCACUCUGAGGAGGGCUGGACCGCCUUCCUGCGCAUCUUCUCAGGCCACUACGGGCUGGAGGCGGAGGGCGAGUCCCUCAAAAUUUUCGUGGCCACCGUCCCCGUCUUCUUCGACUCGCUGUUCAAGGUCUGGAUCUUCAUCGGCCUCAAUAAGCAGGACCCUGCCGCUGCCGUGACACUGAAGCAAAUGGACCGGCACUGA